AUCCGCCUUCACAACUAUGAGGGAAAAUUGACAAAAUAGACCUCUCUUUUGCUAGAAGUACAGAAAAUAGCAUUCUGCGAAAGCAAUAGCGUCUUACCUACCCUUUUACAGUGAUUUUAAUAUCAAUAAGGGCCAUUUCUUGUAGUUCCAGCUCAAGAGACGAGUUUUUUUAAGAAAUUUUCCAUCAAGUUGUGCAGAUGAAUUGGCAAAUGAAUGACACCGAAAAAAAAGGAGAAAAAAAAUCGUCGGAAAUGGGAUCGAUGAGGUUUCGUGAGGCAUAAAUCAAAAUCCUACUAAAUUCAUUAGGCAGAAAGAGUUUGACAAGUCAUAUGAAGAAAAGGUAACAAACCCCUCGCUAAUACAUAUUUUGAGACAUGACCGGUUUUCAUAUGCCAUCAUUGAUUUAACAUCUAUACAAGGGGAUCGAAAUCAACAAAUGCAGAAAAAAAAUGUACAGGGGUAAUUGGAAAUGUUCAGCCAGCCCUUAAUGAAAGGUAUGAUUUUUCGUUAAAAUGCAUUUUAUUCGAUGUUUUACUGUGCCUGGACUAUUUUGAGACCGAGUUGAAUGUUCAUGAAUUUGCCAGAUAGGGUGCAGAACUUUGUGUCAUGCUCUUGUAAUGCAGGGCACUAUUCUGUUCUAGUAUCAACUCCGACCACAACAAUCACCACUGCAAUAACUUCUGCUCCAAGAAUUAAAACCAUUAGCACUAACACGAUAAAAAUUAACACAACAAUGACAACUACCAUUGCAAACACGACUGCCUCCAGCACAAAAACCUCAAUCAUAACAACUGCAACGAGGACAACUAACUUUACAAACAUCACAACUGUUAAGACAACAACAACAAUACCAACCACCAUUACUGCGACGAUACGAACCACCUCCACAACUGCCACUGUCAAAAUGACCACUACUACCCCCAUGACUGUUACCCUAACAGACUCUGCCACAAUGAUCACUACAACAACGACCACUGCAGCAACCACAACUGGCCGAAUGACGACCAUCAAUACUAUGAGAAAAACUACUGCAAAAACGACUACCACAACGGCAAUCAACACCACUACUCACACAACAACUACCACAACAACAGCCACCACAACAACAACUACCAUCACCACCACAACUACUACUGCAACCAUAACGACAAUCACCACCACUACUCACACAACAACUAUCACAUCAACAGCCACCACAAAAACAACCACCACGACAACAACUACUACUGCAACCACAACGACAAUCACCACCACUAAUCACACAACAACUACCACAACAACAGUCACCACAACAACAACUACCACUACCACAACGGCAACUGCCACGAUAACCACAGCCACAACGUCUAUUGCAGUAACGACCAAUAGAACAAGAACUACAAUGGGUGCUACAAUUGUGUUAAAUACAACCAUCCCAACCACAACGACAAGAUCAAUUGUUGCCUUGAACGGAACAAAAGACGUUAGAUGUCCGUUUUCAAAGAAGAACAACCAUGAAUUCGAUGAGAAAGGAGGUGAUGCAUAUUUCCUUUUGGAUGGUCUGGAUUCAAUUUUUGGACACAUUUCAACAUGCCAAAGAAAGGGAGCAACACUAGCAGUUUUCGACAAGUUUCCCGAUUUUGGAAAAAUGAAAGGCUACUCAAAUCCCAUUUUCAUUGGACUGUUCAACAACGAUGGCGUGUCAUGUAAUUCGAAAAAGAAUUGUGAGCACAAGCUUCAAUAUCUGGAUGGGUCUGUAGCCGAUAAACUGAAGGCAAAAAAACUUGAAAUCAUGGGCCCAGACCCGUGCAUCUCACUUUGGCCAAAUGAUUAUUUAAAAUCCUCCUCUUGCAAGUCUGGUUAUGCGAUUUGCUCAUGUUCGUUCAAAUAAAGAUAUCUUGAAAUCUUAGUAAUUGUUCCAGUUUAAAGUUUUCCUUAAGAAGAAGAGGUUUCAAUUUUAAUGAUUUUUAAGCGGACUUCCUUACAGCUAAGCGUUGAUGAUGGAAAUAUCUUUGCGUUUUUUAAGUGCAUGCAGCACUUCAAGUUGACACUAUUUUUCGC